UCGACCUGCGGCUCUUGUAAAGCAGCGACGGAACAGCCUCGUUGAAAACGCAUCACGACAAAAGAAUCCGAGGAGGAGACGAUGACGUGACGGUACCGGCGAGUCCAGAGAGCAUCGGGUCCCGGUUCCCCUCUGCCGAAGCCGCGUCGGGCGUGUCGGACGUCGGCGGCCGCGCUCUCCUUUGUCAGCCGCUUCCGCCGCCGAGCAUGCCGGAGCCGUGCGUGUCCGUGGCCGAGUUCGUGGGGGAGGUCCUGGAGGACUGGAGCUCGCCCACCACGUCGUCGUUCUCGUCCAAGAUGAGCGGCUGCCGGAGCACCGUCCGCCUGCUGGAGGAGGCUCUGGACAGCGACCGCUUGUUACUGCAGAAGAUGAAAAAAGCAGCGAAAGCCAAAUACACGUCGGGACAAGCAGAGCACGUGUCCCACCUGGAGCAGUACAUCGCGUCCAUGGAGAAGCUGUCAAUCAACUGUCACUCCAACGGCGAGGCGGAGGUCGGCUCCGCCUUCUGCCGCCUGGCCGACUUCUCCAAGGAGCUGCUCUCGCCCAUGAAGAACCUGUUAAAGAGCAUGCUGCACAACAUCAACUUCUUCCUGGACUCGCUGGCGAAAGGCGACCUGCGAGAGGUGAAGGGGGAUCUGAAGAAGCCGUUCGACAGAGCGUGGCGAGACUACGAGAGCCGCUUCAAGCAGGUGGAGAAGGAGAAGCGCGAGCUGGCGCGUCAGUACGGGAUGGUGAGGAGCGAGGUGAGCGGCGGCGAGAUCGCCGAGGAGCUGGAGAAGGAGAGGCGGGCCUUCCAGCUCAGCAUGUGCGAGUAUCUGAUCAAGGUGAACGAGCUGAAGACCAAGAGAGGAGUGGACCUGCUGCAGAACCUCAUCAAACACUUCCACAGCCACAACAAUUUUGUGCAGGAGUGCGCGUCCACCACGCACAGGCUGAAGCAAUACACGAACGAGCUGAGUGGCGUCCUCACCUCGGUGAAACAGCGUCAGGAGGAGGAGAAACGUCAACUUGUGUCGCUCAGAGAUCAACUCAGGCCCGUCGUGCACGCCGAGCCGGUGAAACACACGCACGCGCCCAAACAAAGUGUUGCCAUGGUAACGCGUGAGUGUGUUCAUGCGCGCGUGUGUCUGUGUGUGUGUGUGUGUGUGUGUGUGUGUGUGUGCGCGCGUGGGCGUGGGUCACAUCAGGAAAGUUCGCCAAAGCCGGUGUACGACAUGCAUCAGCUGCUGGGAGAUCAACAAUACGGAACGGAGAGAAGCGGAUUCCUUUACAAGAAGAGUGACGGCUUGAGGAAAAUGUGGCAGAAGAGGAAAUGUUGGCUUCGCAACGGUUACCUGACCAUCGCACACGCGACGCCCAACAAGUCUCCCGCCAGGCUCAACCUGCUCACCUGCCAGGUCAAGCCCGGCGCCGACGACAAGAAGUGCUUCGACCUCAUCUCUCAUAAUCGCACGUAUCGCUUCCUGGCCGAGGACGAAGCCGCGUGUGUCGCCUGGGUCUCGGUGCUGAGCAACAGCAAACAGGAAGCGCUGACGGCGGCGCUGGACGACGGCGGCGGCGGCGGCGGCGGCCUGCGGGACCUGACGAGAUCCAUCACGGACGACAUCAGGCGCAUGCCGGGAAACGACGGCUGCUGCGACUGCGGCGCUCCGGAUCCCGGCUGGGUGUCGACCAACUUGGGCAUCCUGACGUGCAUCGAGUGCUCCGGGGUGCACCGCGAGAUGGGCGUCCACGUCUCCAGGAUCCACUCGCUCAGCCUGGACAGCCUCGGAACCUCCGACCUGCUGUUGGCCAGGAACGUGGGCAACAGCGCUUUCAACGAGAUUCUGGAGGCCAACCUCCUGGAUUCCGCCACGAAGCCGUCGCGGCGCAGCCACAUGUCGGAGCGCAAGGCGUUCAUCCUGCGCAAGUAUCGGGACGCUCAGUUCGCGCGCCGUCGCGGCUUCAGCUCGGCGACGGCCGUCCGAGUCCUGCAGGAAGCCACCGAGAACGCCGACGUCCGCACGCUCGUGCAGCUGCGCGCGCAACGCACGGAGCUCUGCCACGCGCUACACACGCACAUACAGGAGAAAGGGGAGACGGCCCUCCACCUGGCCGUCCUAUUGGCCGACAGGACGUCGCUGCACAUCCUCGACUUCCUCGCGCAGAAUUCCUCCAGCGUGGACGUGCAGACGGUGUGUGGGAACACGGCGCUACACUACAGUUGUCUGCACGACAAGAGCGACUGCGUCAAACUGCUGCUGAGGGCCAGAGCCCGCACGCGCAUCAAGAACAAGUUAGGCGAGACGGCGUUGGACGUGAGCCGCAGGUUGAAGCACGGCCACUGUGAGGCGCUGCUGCAGCAGGCCCAGUCCAACCAUUUCGAGCUUCACGCGCACGUGGAGUACGAGUGGCGCCUUCGCCACGACGACGACGACGACGACGACGACGACAGCGACGACGACUUUGACCGCAAGAAAGGUCCCGUGAAGAAGGAGCGCUCCUCCUCCUCUUUCUCCUUCCCCUCGCGACCUUUCAACUUUGCCCUCGCCUCCUCGUCCUCGUCUCCCUCCGCCACCGGCGGCGGCCUGCUCAGCGUGGGGCGGCGGCUGGCCACGGCCGUGGAGCGCCGCGCUCGGCCCCCCGCCCAGGCGCAGAGCUCCCCGCCCCCCUCCUCGCCCGCGCCACCGCUGCCCCCCAGGGUCAAAGCUCCCGGCCUUCCUCCUCCUCCUCCUCCUCCUCCUCCUCCUCCUCCGGCGGGUGACGAAGAGGAGCGAGAGGGGGAGGAAGAGGAAGUCUUCCCCCUGACAGGAAACAGGAAGUGGACCCCUCCCGUCGCCGUCCGCCACAAAAGGAGCUGCUCCGAGUCCAGUCACCACGAUUAUGGGAUGGCAGGCAGUCACGUGAGGAUCUACGGCGGCGCCGACACCUCCUUUGAGAAGUGCGUCUUCUAUCCUCCCCUCCUACCUUCCUUCUCUCUAACGAGCAAUGUGCUUGCCCCCCGUGUGCGCAGCCCCUCCCCUCUCGACUCGGGGAGCGAACUUCCCGACCGAGCCUAUCGCAGGGCGGACGGCGACACCGGCGCCUGCCAAACGCAACGCGCCGUGAGACCCGCCCCCAACCGCUCGCCGGCCAAUCGGCGCUCGCAGAGCUUUGAGCGCGAAGGCCGAGGCCCCGCCCCCCAGCCGCUCCCCCGCAGGGCACUGCCUCGGGGUUUUCGGGGUUCCGCCAGGCGGGUCCGCGCUCUCUACGACUGUGAGGCGGACCACCACGACGAGCUGAGCUUCAGCGAGGGGCAAGUCAUCGUGGUCGUGGGACAGGAGGACCCCGACUGGUGGCAUGGUUACAUUGAAGAGGAACCGGAGCAGAGAGGCUUGUUUCCGUCUUCCUUUGUGCAGCCAACGUCCAACUGAUGUGACGGUUGUACAACACUGGAUGGACCCGCACGGAACAACAACAACAACAACAACAACAACACACAAAACACAACCAGCUCAGGAGAACCGCUCUGACACGCAGAACAACGCUUCCGGCUGCCUUUAAAGACGCCUCAGCGGCCAAGUAGCACGUCGCUUCCUGCCUUUCGCCACACCAACAUCGAUAGGACCACGAAACAUUGGGACAAUAAAGAAAAAUACAUUUAAAAAAUGUACAAACAUCAAGGGAAAGGUUGACUUGAUUUCACUGGUGAGCCAGUAAAAGUACAAACUUGACCUCUUUUUUGGGGAAAAU